AUUUUUAUAAGCAAUGAAUCAAUCUUCUUUGCUAAUCUAAGCUUAAACCCUACUCUUUUCAAUUCUAAACUCUACCAUGGCUUCCUUCCCUCCUCCUGGUUCACUCACCCUCUGCGAACUCAACCGCGACCUAAUCACCGUCGAUGCACUCUCCGAUGAUAGAGCCGAUCAAACCUACGGAAAGCAUCUCGGAUUGGUGUUCAGCCCCGUGCCGUUUCAGCCUCCGCCACCGCCGCUCGAGAACGACGUUCCCGAACAGGAAGCAACCGCCGUGGUAACCGUUUCUAGAAAAGGUCCUCUGGCAGUUCUGCAAGGCCUUGUAAACGAGUGUCUCAGACGCCUCGUUUACCCUAACGAUGUGCAUUUGUUGCCUGAGGUUAAUCUUCAAGAAGUGAGUUGGCACCUUAAUAGGCAUAUAAUUGCUUUUAUUUCUGGGCCUAACCAAGUGUUAGUUCAUGAUUAUGAAGAUCCAGAUGGGAAGGAUUCAAUUAUCUUGACCAACGAGUCUCAGAGAGAUGUUAAAGUGCUAGAGUGGAGGCCGAAUGGUGGGAGGAUGCUGGCUGUGGGUUGCAAGAGUGGAAUUUGCAUAUGGUCUGCUUCAUAUCCCGGAAAUACAGCUUCUGCUAGAUCUGGUACUAUAUCCUAUGUAGGAAGUUUAUCGAGAGGCUCUGGCAUUCGGUAUCUCCUGGUUGAUUUUCUUCGGAGUCAAAAUGGGGAACAUGUUAGUGCCCUUACUUGGAGUCCGGAUGGAAGAUACUUAGCUUCUGCUUCAUACGAGAGCUCUUCUUUCACUGUGUGGGAUGUUGCCCAAGGUGUGGGGACACCUAUUCGACGAGGAUUAGGAGGCAUAUCAAUGCUAAAGUGGUCACCCACUGGAGAUUACUUCUUUGCUUCAAAAUUUGAUGGAACAUUUUAUCUCUGGGAAACAAACACUUGGACAUCAGAACAAUGGUCAUCAACUAGUAGUGGUUUUGUCAAGUGUGCAACAUGGGAUCCAGAUGGGCGUAUGGUACUGCUUGCAUUUUCCAAAUCAUCAACAUUGGGAUCUGUUCAUUUCGCAUCGAAGCCUCCCUCAUUAGACACACAUCUGUUACCUGUUGAGUUGCCAGAGAUAUUAUCGUUGACAGGCAGUCAGGGAAUUGAAAAAAUAGAAUGGGAUAAUUCAGGAGAGAGAUUGGCUGUGUCUUUUAAAGGUGGGGAUGACGUAUAUGGGGGGCUAAUCGCCAUCUAUGAUACAAGAAGAACUCCUCUGAUAUCUACAUCAUUAAUUGGAUUUAUAAGAGGACCCGGAGAAAAUCCAAAGCCAAUUUCAUUUUCAUUUCAUGGGAAGUUUAAACAGGGGCCUUUGCUCUCUGUGUGUUGGAGCAGUGGAUUCUGUUGCACUUACCCUCUCUUGUUCCGUUCUCAUACGCUUACAUAAGGUGGGAUUUCGCGAAAUUUUGUUGGCUGGCCACAAUUUGGAGCGAGCUAACUUUUAUGUUAGCAUCACAUGUUCAAUGUUUUGAAGUUAUUUUUUUGUUUGUGGUCAAAUUGCUAUUAUCUUGUUUGUAUUUAAACAUUGGCCUUGAAAAAAGGGCUCGUGAAUAGUAAUGUUUUGGAAACUCGGAUACGUUAACAGAUUGAAAAAAUAUCAUGCAUGAUAGAAAAUGAAAGUCAUUUGUUUAAAAAAAUGUUCUUAUUUCAUAUUAAAGGAUUUUAAUGGAGAAAAGAUGUUGAUUUGCAGUCUAUCA